CAUAGUUAUACAGUUUGAUCUUCACUUCAUCACAGUGAGGCAAAAAUGGCAAACGUAACAGUGGGAGCUACCUUGUUGCUUGGAAGCAUUACAACUAAUGCAUCUACUGUCGUUGAUGAUAUAGAUACAUCAGUGUACUACAACGUUGAAAAAUAUUUCUGGAUAAUAUUCUCCCCUUUAUUCCUGCUGAUCGGAUUUGUGGGAAAUCUUCUCAACAUAUGCGUACUUUUUAGACUAAAAUUUUACAAGAAUGCAACAUACACCUUGCUGUUUAUUCUUGCAUUUACCGACUUGACUGUUUUAUUAACUGGACUUACACGCUACUUGAUCAUAUAUGCAUCUGAUGUGGACAUCAGGGUACUUUCCGAAUUCAGCUGUAGAUUUAGUUUGUUCCUUAUUUACUUUUCCAUGCAAUUUUCCUCGUGGAUAUUAGUCUUAGUGACAGUCAUUCGUUUUAUGAAGACAUUUGUACCUCUACGCAGAACAGCCUCAAAGGAAAUCACGAUCAAAAAUACUUUGAUAUCACUUUUGAUUGCCGCUGUCAUGUUAAUUGGAAUAAACCUGCAUUUCUUUUGGACUAAUGGCAUAACUGUCAAAGAUGGCUGUUCUUCGCUAACCCCGGAGUACUAUGAAUUUGACGAAAAAGUAUUCGUUUACGUCGAUUUUGUAUUUCUCUCCAUUCUACCAGCUUGGAUUAUGAUUAUACUAAACUCUUUGAUAUGCUAUGAACUAGAAAAACUAACAAAAACUCGUAGAAGAAUGUCUAUACAGCCGGGAAUGAGCCUACCAAGAAGGCAGAAAUCAACAAAACGAGUUACAUGGAUGUUGGUCGUUACGACAUCUUAUUUCAUCGUAGCAACAAUUCCGAUCUCGAUUUAUUUCAUUGUAGACUCUUACGUUAGGCCAGGUGCCGACUCCUCGACAAAAAGCCGCCUAGACAUAGCUUGGACAAUCACUUACCUCUUCCAGUAUUCUCAUUUUGCGCUGAACUUUUAUCUGUAUACAGCAACUAAUGAAAAAUUCAGAAACGAAUUGACGACACUGACUAAAAAUGUAUACCAAAGAAUAUCAACAAGUAGCCAGUCAAUCAAACCUGCACCAUCUCGUGAAUAUUCCAGUGAAUCUAAAAAAUUAUCUGCAACGCAAUCGACGUAAAGAAAGGAAAAUGGUAAAAUCGAACGAUCUCUGUGAAUCCGUCCUUGAAAAGCGACUGUUUGCUUUUUCGACAUUUCAUUGUCCAUAAACUCUUUGUAUUUGACUUAAUGUUGCUGUAUAUAUUGCAAUUUGAACACAUUUAUAUAUAGACAAUAAUAGUGUCUUGACUUGACAUAUCAACGAUAUAAGGAUGAGGCUUAGAAACGGGAAAAUGCGAGGCUCUGCCGAGCUUUUUCCCCGUUUCGGGCCGAAUACUUAUAUCGUUGAUAUGUCAAGUCAAUAUACUAUUAUUGUCUUUAAUACUGCAAUCUAGAAAAACACAUUUUCAAUUGUUGUUUAUUGUGUUAUUGUUAUUUAUUUGAUUUAAAUAUUGGAAAAAAUCCCCCUUUAAAAAGGCAUCACAUCUGGCGGAGAAACAUACAGCACAAUGAAAUGUACAUCAAUUUACCUGUUGAAACCAAUCGUUGGUGAACGAAUUCGUUUGAGUAUGAGUAUGGACUAAAAUAUCACCAAUAAGCAUAAAACAUAAUGACUUAUAGGUUUUAAACAAAAAAUAUUAACAAGUGAAAUAUGUUUUUCUAACAAUUGUAAAAGAAACAAAUUUGAGUCGUUCCACGCUACGUUGGAAACAUUGGAAACAAGGACUAGUCGAAGCGCUCGUCAUGAAUAUCUAAAUAUAGUUUUGGCUCUACUAUUUAAAUAUACAUGAGGAAAAGUGAUAUCGGGUCAGUAACUGUAUAUGAUAUAGAAUAUACAGUCAACGCAUUUUGACUGCUCAAAUAGAACGAGUGCAGUAUAAAUAUAUAUAUAUAUAUAUCAAUAUAUUUAAUUUAAUAACUUAAAUGAAAAUGAAAUACGUGUACUAAUAAAUUAUUCGUCAUCGUA